UGGUGGGCAUUCUGGGUAAUUUGCUGUUUAUAUUCUGUGGGUGAGGUACCCGUGGCGAAGUUCGCUCCUCUUCUGUGGGAGACUAUGGCUCUGGAGACGGUGCCGAAAGACCUGCGGCACCUGCGGGCUUGUUUGCUGUGUUCGCUGGUCAAGACUAUAGACCAGUUUGAAUAUGACGGUUGUGACAAUUGUGAUGCAUACCUUCAAAUGAAGGGUAACCGAGAGAUGGUAUAUGACUGCACCAGCUCUUCCUUUGAUGGAAUUAUUGCAAUGAUGAGUCCAGAGGACAGCUGGGUUUCCAAGUGGCAGCGAGUCAGUAACUUUAAGCCCGGUGUGUAUGCGGUAUCAGUCACUGGUCGCCUUCCCCAAGGAAUCGUGCGAGAGCUGAAAAGUCGAGGAGUGGCCUACAAAUCCAGAGACACAGCUAUAAAGACCUAGCAGGACGCGUGGCUGCCAGUGUCUUUGCCACCACCUCUUACCUCUGCUUAUUUAUUGUUGUGAAACCAAAUGGACAGAACUCAUCCUCCAGUUCUGAAACUCAGCAGAAUGUUGAGUGAACAGCACAGCGUGUCCCUGGGCCAUUUUACUUUCUUUGGACUAUUGGUGGGGUGGGAGUGGUUUGAGUUGGAUUAAUAGAGUCUGAAUUGAGUGGGGACUAGGAUGCUGGUUUUCCUACCCACAGCCCCAUUUCCCAUGGGCAGGACUUGGGUGUCAAAUGCCAGUAAACAUAUCCCCUGACAUAUUUUGCUGUCUCUUUUUUAGCUGGUCAUAGUAAGAACUCGCUCUAUAAGCACCUUCCCAGAGGCCCUUCUACUCCCUGUUACCUGUCUCUGUGUGCUCCCUUGGGUCUCAUUGGAAAGUCUGCUUUUCUGACGACUCUAGGCAAUCUUAUCAUCCUGGUAGUCCUGAUGUCCAGCAGUUGCCACCUUCUGUCCUCUAGACCAGGCACGGUGGAUUUCUCUUGAAAUCCUGAGACUUCUUAAUAUUCUUUUCCCCUUGCCCAUGUUUAAUACUUUUAUUUUUUCCUUCCUUGUCUUUUCUUUUUACUGCUCUUCCUGUACCUUAGGCCAGCCAGUGGCACUUAAGACUUCUCCCUCCCCCAGUUACCCACAUUCCACCUCAUUCCCCUAACUGGAGACCCUCAAGUGGCUGCUGGGUCUUGGUCGGCUAGUUUGUGCCACCAUAGGUAGUGGGUCUCUCUUUUUCUGGCCUAGCAGGGGGCCCUAAAUGAUGUCAUAUUACUGGCCAAGGUAAGUUAUCGGUUUUGGAAUUAAAAAUUUACUAUAAAUUCUCAGUUUUUUAAUUUCCACACGCACAAAAAUCCUCUUAGUAUUCCCAUUUUGAUUUCUUUGUUUCUUGUUCUCUGUAAAACAAGAAUGAUUAUACUCUGCUCUAUGCCUUAGGAUUGUUAUAAAAAUGAAGCAAUGUGAAAAUUCCCAUAACAAUUUUUAUAAAAGGUAAAAUUCA